GUACAGGAUGAGAGAGAGCAGUCUAAUUGCUCUCCCUGCAUCAGCAGCAUCUAUAAAGCAUCCUGGGAAUUGCUCGCCCUACGUUCAGAGCAGCUGGUCACAUGAGCCUGAAUUUUCAGUUCAGUUCAUUAGUCAGCCAUUUUGGUCACCACCCUGCUUACUGCGCACGACCAAUCCUAUGAGAACUCAGCAUCCCAGCUCAUCUGAGCAGAUCCUGGAAGUGAUUUCUGCAGUUCAGGAUUUUUUUUUUUUUUGUAUGCUAAAUUGAAAUUUUAGGUUUAUUUUUUGUUCAUUUUUUGGGGGGGUGUUUUUUUCUGCACAAAGAAGGAGUAUUUUUGACUUAUUGAUACCAAGGCCAGUUUUUCAAAGCCAGCAAAGGGAGCGUCGGCUGGGCAGGAUUUAAAGCCUAUAGCUCAGCUGAGAAAAAAAAAGCAUAAGGAAGGGAAGAUAAAAGGAGAGGAAGCUGGGAGAAGACAAGAAUCAUCUUUUUUUCACUAUGUGGUAGGAACUGUUUGUAAGAAAAGAUAGUAUAGAAUUGUUUAUCCUGAGCAGUUGGUUCUUAAACUAUAAGGUAUUUUUCCUUGUUUCUUUUAAACCUCCCCCACCCCUUUCCUGAAAGCUUUGUUUCAGAGCUUUGGAUUUGGGGUUUUUUUGUGAGGAGGUCUUAUUUAUUUUUGUGGGGGGUGUGUGUGUGUGUGUUGUGGUCCCAGCUGAGUCAUCAUGUCUGCUCUGACGCCUCCAACUGAUAUGCCAACCCCCACCACUGACAAGAUCACACAGGCUGCCAUGGAGACCAUCUACCUUUGCAAAUUCCGAGUGUCUAUGGAUGGAGAAUGGCUCUGCCUGCGAGAGCUGGAUGACAUCUCACUUACACCUGACCCAGAGCCUACCCAUGAAGAUCCUAAUUAUCUCAUGGCUAACGAACGCAUGAACCUGAUGAACAUGGCCAAGCUGAGUAUUAAGGGCUUGAUUGAAUCAGCUCUGAACCUGGGGAGGACCUUAGACUCUGACUAUGCACCUCUCCAGCAAUUCUUUGUGGUGAUGGAGCACUGUCUGAAACAUGGCUUAAAAGCGAAGAAAACUUUUCUUGGACAAAAUAAAUCCUUCUGGGGGCCGCUAGAACUGGUAGAAAAGCUUGUUCCAGAAGCUGCAGAGAUAACAGCAAGUGUCAAAGAUCUUCCAGGACUUAAGACCCCAGUAGGUAGAGGAAGAGCCUGGCUUCGUUUGGCAUUAAUGCAAAAGAAACUCUCAGAAUAUAUGAAAGCUUUGAUCAAUAAGAAAGAACUUCUCAGUGAAUUCUAUGAACCCAAUGCUCUCAUGAUGGAAGAAGAAGGAGCCAUAAUUGCUGGACUGUUGGUGGGUCUGAAUGUCAUUGAUGCCAAUUUCUGUAUGAAAGGAGAAGAUCUGGACUCUCAGGUUGGAGUUAUAGAUUUUUCAAUGUAUCUCAAGGAUGGGAACAGCAGUAAAGGUAGUGAAGGAGAUGGUCAGAUUACUGCAAUUCUGGACCAGAAGAACUAUGUAGAGGAACUCAACAGACACCUGAAUGCUACUGUAAAUAACCUUCAGGCAAAAGUAGAUGCAUUAGAAAAAUCCAACACUAAACUGACAGAGGAGCUUGCAGUUGCAAACAACAGGAUUAUUACCUUACAAGAAGAAAUGGAACGAGUUAAAGAGGAAAGUUCCUACAUACUGGAAUCCAAUCGGAAGGGUCCUAAGCAAGACAGAACUUCAGAAGGGCAAGCACUAAGUGAAGCAAGAAAGCAUUUAAAGGAAGAGACACAAUUACGAUUGGAUGUCGAGAAGGAACUAGAGAUCCAGAUCAGCAUGAGGCAGGAGAUGGAAUUGGCCAUGAAGAUGCUGGAGAAGGACGUGUGUGAGAAGCAGGACGCCCUGGUGUCCCUUCGGCAGCAGCUGGAUGACCUCAGGGCUCUCAAGCACGAACUUGCCUUCAAACUGCAGAGUUCAGACUUAGGCGUAAAACAGAAAAGUGAACUAAACAGUCGCUUGGAAGAGAAGACUAAUCAGAUGGCUGCUACCAUCAAACAACUGGAACAAAGUGAAAAGGAUUUGGUGAAACAGGCAAAGACCUUAAAUAGUGCAGCAAAUAAACUGAUCCCAAAACAUCAUUAAGCAUUUUGCAGUUGGUCACCUUGCAAGUCUGAUAUCACAUCUUAGUUGUAAAAGAAAGAAAUCUGAAAGUUAUUAUGUUUAAGCUCUGCUUCUGUAUAAAAUGUCACCAAAAAUUGACUUUGAAUUUGUCAGACUUUUAAAAAAGCAGUUGGAUAUAUAGGUUGAGUUUUUUCUUAUUGUCUCCCCAGAGUUAGAAAGAUUGGUAUACAUCCCUAAUUAAAUACUAAAUAAACUGGGAAAUUAUUUCUGAGUUGACCAGUAAAUAAAAACACCAUUAAAAAAAAAGCCUAGGGAAUUGAAGCUCUGUGCAUAUACUAAUGAUGCCUUUACAACCCAGAACUUGAUAAUAUCGGAUUCUAGGUGCAUUGUUCAUGUUUGUAUCUGCAAGCCUGUUCUGUCAUUGCAGUGUGAGGAACUAGAGGUAACUACCAUGUGAACUUGGACUCCUCUAAAGUAGUUCUUUGUCUCUAGGCCAUGACCCCUUUUCACUUUUCUUAUAUAGGUUUAAUCCCUAAGCCAAGGAUAAGUGCUUAGUAUUUCACUACAAUUCUACUCUCAGUAACCAAGAUUGCUUGCAACUUUUUGCCUUAGUGACUUUCAAAAAGAAGAAAAAAAUAGCAUCCUUACAUUUCUUUAAAGUACAUAGAAAUAAAGUUAGUAAUUAGGUAACAUAUGAUAACAUAAUAGUGUGGAAGCUUGGGGGAAAACCCUCCUAAUAUUUGUCAUCUUCUACCUCUGCCGUUUUUCUGCAAUUCUGCUUCCUACUUAGGUAGCUCAGAGAGAACAAUUUUAAUAAAAACACUCCUCUCCUAUUAAAAACAAAUAUACUACAUAUUUUUCAAAUCUAUCCUGCUUUUCCUAUUGGAGUAAAGAGGACAAGGUAUACACAUGAGUGGUGAUUUCCUGCCUGUCAUUCCUUACCAAGAAACAUUUACUUAAGAGUUUCUGUUACUUUUUGGUUAGAUGGGGAUUUGGUAAAUGUUCUGGGAAACUACUAAUUUAACUAUUAGAAAAACAUUUCAGAGUAGGAAAUAGAUAAAUGAUAAACUUAUAUUCCGUAUUAUUAUUUAGUAUAAAAAUAAAGAUUCCCAGUAGAUAUCCACAAGCAGUAUUAGUGGGGCUUCUUUUUCUGAGUGACCACAGACCUAACCCUUUCUAGGCUUUACAUUGUAAAUAAUCCUAUAAAUACUUUGAUUUUUUUAAAAAUGACUUUUGAUUUGGAGAGACAGGCUUUACAUAAGCCUUCAUUCCUUCAAAAGGUCUUGGCAUAAUAUUUGGUUUUUUUCUUUUUUCUCAUUCUGGUAUGCUUUGCAGCAUUUCAGCUGCUUAGGUGGGGACAAAGAUAAUAUCCCUUUGCUUCUAGCUUUUGAAAUUCUUUACCUUCUUGGCAAAACCAGAAUUAAGAGAAUAAGAUAGAAUUCGUGUCUGCUUGUAUAGGUCCUUGCACAGACUUGAACCAAAAUCAAGUCAAAGAACAUACGUUUAGACCAACUUCAUGGAAGAUCCUGUGUUCUUGAGCUUAUUUUAGUUCUUACAAUUUUGCACCUAUAUAAAUAUAGCUUUUACUAUAUUCAUAUCUUCAUCAACCUUUUGUGGUGAAGAGUUGCCUUUUCUAUGAGCAUUUGGAAGGAGUGAUCAAACACCAAAAUAAAACUUUUUAAAGACUAUACUGUACUUCUAAAUUCUAUUAUAUAAAGCCCCAAAUGUUUUACCUUCUAAAUUAAAACAUACUUUUUUUAUAGGUGCAAAGUUAUAAGAUGUUCAGAAGAAAACUUCCAUCAGAUCUUCCAGAGAAUGUGGUCAGGAGUCUUACACAGACCCAGUGCUGAGUUCCUUGUUCACUCAGUGAGACACCACUUAGUGGGUCAUGGGAGGGAAAAGGAAGGAGACAGCCAAACUCCGACAAAACCUUUUCCUUAUAGAAUAACUGAAAGCCUGGGUAGGGGUUGAUGUAUAAUGUUCCAUGGUUUAAUGUAUAUGGUUUGGAGAAAGUACAAGAAAAACAUUAUAAUUCCACGUAUAAGAAGGUAGUUACCCAUUUGCAAGUUCCAGUUAUGUGUGUAAAAUGGAAAUAUAAAGUACCAAACCUAUUAGGAAAUAAAAAGCAAAGUGGAUUUAACUUAAACUAUUGUGUACUUGAGGUUGGCUUUGGAUAUGGAUUUUCUAAAAAGUGAUGUUUUAUUGUUUAUCAUCUAAUGGCUGUAAACUGUAGUACUAGAAUAAAAAAAAGUGGAAAAUCA